AUGGACAAGAAAGGUGUGGGAGGAGGUGCGUGGGCUUUGGGGUAUGAACACGACGGAGAGAAGGAGGAGGAGGGCACACGUAGAUCCAUACCUCCCUCGUUCUACAUCACACUAGAUCCCAUCUUCGCGUGGACCAACCCAACCUAUCUCCCCCGUCCCCGCCCCAGAGAAAGGGUAGAGGAUGUCGGGAUGGAUGGUCUCCGGCGACUGGCCAAUCGCUCAACUUCCGUUCCACCAUCUAUGGGGAUGAACAUGGAGAUGCGUGGGGAGGAGACCUGGCGAGCGGCGGCGGUCGAACAAGGUCGUGAAGUGGGCGGCAGCUUGCCCAAAUCCGGCCAUGCCAACCGCGCGCCGGGGGCGGGUUUGGGAUCUCCGGUGGCCUUUCCAGCUCGUACUCACAAGAGCCGCUGCCUAUCGUCCAUCUUGACUGUGACAUUCGUCCACCUUCGUAGUUUUUCUCGGGCACACCUGUAA